AUGCUAAGGCGACUUAAUAAGAUCAAUUUUAGUCAGAUAAGGUUCAAUUCCCUGAGUCUCUCUGUUUUGAAUUAUGACAACAACGAAAUUUCGUUGAAAAUAAAUGAUAAACAAUACACUUUCAAAAACGUCUUUUUAAGAGAUUCAUGCACAUCAUCAGAAUCAAUUGAUGAAGCAACCAGUCAAAAAUUGUUUACAACGGCUGAAGGAGCAACAAACUUAUCGAUAAAAAGUGAACCAAGAAUAACCAAUGGGAAGGAACCAACCUUAAACAUUGAAUGGAAUAACAAUGGUAACUUUAUAAAUUCUCAAUAUCCAUUAUCAUUUUUACUCAAACAUUCCAAUAAUAUAUUAAAUAGAGAAGGAAAAUUUUUUGAUAAUGAUAGAAAAAUUUGGGAUAAAAUUGAAUUAGAAUCAAAUCUUGAAUCUAUCAACCAUACAUAUGAAGAAUUUUUAAAUAAUGAUGAAACAUUUUUUAAAGCACUACAUAAUUUAAAUAAAUAUGGAUUAUGUUUCAUCAAUGAUAUUCCCCACCCUAAAUUAAACGAAAUGAAUGAAUCAAAUGUAAAUGAAUGGCCAAUUGCUAAUUUAGCUAAUAAAUUUGGAUAUAUCAAAAAGACAUUUUAUGGAUCAUUAUUUGAUGUUAAAAAUUUAAAAAAUCAAGCAAAAAAUAUAGCUUAUACAAAUACUUUUUUACCAUUACAUAUGGAUUUAUUAUAUUAUGAAUCACCACCAGGAUUACAAAUGCUUCAUGCUAUUCAAAAUUCAACUUUAGGAGGUGAAAAUAUAUUUUGUGAUUCAUUUUUAGCUGCUAACUAUGUUAAACAAAAAGAUCCAAAAGCUUAUGAUGCAUUGACUAAAAUUCCAAUAACUUAUCAUUAUGAUAAUAAUAAUGAAUAUUAUUAUUUUAAAAGACCAUUAAUUAUAGAAGAUAAAGAAAUUACUAACCCCAACUUCCCUAAAAUUCAUGCAAUAAAUUAUUCACCUCCAUUCCAAGGUCCAUUUGAAAAAGGAGUAGUAAAAGAAAAUGAUCCAAAAUCUUAUUCAGAAUUUGAUGAUUUUAUAAGAGGUUUUAAAUUAUUUGAAAAUUUCAUUAAUGACCCAAAGAAUCAUUAUGAAAUAAAAUUACCAGAAGGUACUUGUGUUAUAUUUGAAAAUAGAAGAACUUUACAUUCAAGAAAUGAAUUUAAUGAUUCAAAUGGUGGUGAUAGAUGGUUAAUGGGUACAUAUGUUGAUGGUGAUAGUUUUAGAUCAAAAUUACGUAUAGGUUAUAGAACAUUUGGUACAAAAGUUUAA